GUUCGGUGUGCUGGAAACUCAGCGUCGUCGCAGCAGAUCCCGCCGUCGUGCACCUCUCUCGCCAAGCUCUAUGUCGCCAGCACGGGCAGCGACACCGGCUGCUGCGACUCCACCACCGCUCCCUGUGCCACCUUGCAAGCAGCGGUCGCCAGGGCGGCACCUUCCGCCACCAUCACCCUCCUCCCACUCCCCGCCGGCUCUCCCCUAUCCGCAAUCAAAUCUUCGCCGACCAAAUCCGCUGUUCAACUGGGCGGCAAAUCUCUCAUCAUCACCGGCGCCCCUCCCGCAUCCACCCCCACGUCCGCCGCAGCAAUCACACUCGAUUGCGGCGGCGGCCCGUGCCUGAACGCCACGUGUGCUGGCGCGGGGUGCGGCGCGGGAAGCAAGGUGGUGCUGACGCUGGCGCUGUUCACGCUGACCAAUGGCGUGUCGGCCGAUUCGGGAGGAUGCGUGGAUGUGCGAGGGCAGGGCCUCGUUGUCAACAACGUGGCGUUCUCCCGCUGCUCCGCUACCAACCUGGGCGGCGCAGUGUCAGUGCAGGGCGCGGGGGCGUCGCUCACAGUCUCCUCUGCCUCCUUCUCCGCGUGCUCCGCGCCCGGUUCAGACCUCACCUACAUGUACAACUCGGGGGGCGGCGCCAUCAGCGUCACUGGGCCCGACGGGGGGGCGGCUGCACCUGGGGGUGUGCGGGCGAAGCUGUCCGGGGUGACGGCGAAUGGGUGCAGUUCGGAGAACGGGGCGGGAGGGGCGCUGCUGUUUAGGAAUGUGAAGGUGGAGGUGGAUGGAGGGGAACUGACCGGGUGCCAGGCGUAUUUUGGUGGGACGAUUGCGAGCAUGUACUCGAGCGUGUCGAUCGAUGGGGUGACUGUCAGCAAUGGACUGGCUGUGAUUGGCGGGGCUAUUGCGGACGAGGGUUCCUCCUCCUACGCCCUCUCCUCCUCCUCGCUCACCUCCUGCUCCUCCAAUGGCACGCUGCCAGCUGGCGUGUACGCGGCAGGCUACGGCUUUGGGGGGUGUAUGGCGCUGAACGCCACGCAGACGGUUACAGUCACAUCCGUUAAUGCCACCAAGUGUGUCACGGAUUACGAGGGAGGAGGCGCGUGGGUGUACACAGUCACUCAGGCAACCCUCACCAAGUGCACCUUCUCUGACAGCUACGCGACAUACCUAGGAGGCGGGCUGUCCGCCACGGGCGGCGUGCUCCUGAUCUCCGACUCCACCUUCGCCCGCAACGUCAUGGACUACGUUUCUAGCGCGCCCUCAGGCGCCGGCCUAUCGCUGAGCGCCACGUCAGCGAAAGUGGAGCGCACCGUGUUCGAGGAUAACGUGGGGAUUAUGAUGGGGGAUGCAACGACUGUGGAUGGGUAUGGUGGCGGAGUGUACGUGGGGCAGGAUGGCGAGUCGGCGGUAACCACCCAGGAGUUCAUCUCCUGCACCUUCUCUCGUAACCUGGCGAAGGGAGGCGGGGGUUUCUACCAGUACGGAGGCGUCGCCAAAUUCACCAACACGGUGUUCCGAGGCAAUGGGGGAGGCGAGCUGGGAGGAGCAAUGCUGGCGCUGGUGACAGCGGAGGUGCAGAGCUGCACGUUUGAGCGCAACAGUGUGUCGGGGUCGGGAGGAGCCAUCUACAGCGAGGGCACGGGGUACCUGCGGAUUGUGGGGUCCACUUUCACUGCCAACUCCGUUCAGCUCAAGGAUGGCGGCGCUCUUUACAUCAUUGCGGCGGACAGCAACGUGACAGUGCAGGGCAGCACGUUCAGAGGCAACAGGGCCAACAGCUCGCGAGGGGCCGCCAUCUUCAGUGGGGGGUCGCUGCUGCAAGUAGACGACUCUCUCUUUGAGGAUAACUGGUCGUACCUCAAGGGCGGUGCUGUCACAGUUGAGGGCUCUCGAGGCACAGAAGCAACUACCCUGGGGCGAUUCUCAAAUACCACCUUCACCAGAAACACCUCCCCGGUGGGGGGAGGCGCCUUCCUGUGCAGCCUCAACUGCACUGCAGAACUCACCAACUGCACCUUCUCCGAAAACAACAGCACUGCUGCCGGGGCCCUACUCGCCCAGGAAACCUCCUCCCUCACCCUCCGAGCUUCCUCCUGCCAGGGGAAUGCCGCAGACGCUGCCGGCGGGUGCCUAUUGGUCACGGAUUUCGCGACUAUUACCGCGGAUGGGAGCAAGUUUAGGGAGAAUAGGGCUGGGAGUGGAGGUGGAGUGGGGAAAGUGUCCGGGUCUGGGAGGCUGGUGAUGACCCGGUGUGAGGUAGAGGCCAAUGAGAGCCCGACAGGUGGCGCGCUCUGGGUGGAGAUGGAGGGUGUGGUGGAGGAUGCCCGGAGCAGCUUCACGGGUAACAAGGCGAGUUUCGAAGGAGGGGCGGUUUUCGCCACGCACAGCGCCACUGUGAAGCUGCUCUCGUCGCAAUUCGGGUCGAAUUCAGCGCUGAGAGGAGGAGCCAUGGUUUUGGAUACAGAUGCGACGCUCACCUCCACCUCCUCCUCGUUCCUCAACAACUUCGCUUCGGCUGUUCUUAUGAGGGGGAGUUCUCAGGCUACUCUCACUACAGCACUUUUCUCGGGCAAUUCUGCCCCCGCGGGCACUGGAGGGGGCAUCUGGGCAGCCGCCGAAACUUCUCUCACCGUUCGAUCGAGCAAUCUGACGAACAAUACGGCUAUCACGGGCGGCGGAAUCUUUUCGGAAGGGUCUGCGCAAGUGACCCUGGAUGCGUCCCGAUUCGAGGGGAACAACGCGGUUACCGGCGCUGCGCUUGCUGCUGCGGGCAGCUCAAAAAUUUCGGCAGGGAACCUGACGCUCGUGGGGAACAGCGCAAGCCGUGCGGGGGGUGCGGCGGCGUUUUUGGACCAAUCAAACGGGUUAUUUAAGGGGGCGUGGAUGACUGGGAACAAAGCGGUGGUGGGCGGUGCAGGGGUGUACGUGAAGCGAGCAGAGACUCUCGGGAUUACCUCCUCUGGAGCUGCAGCUGCUGGAAAUUCUACUGGUGCUCCGGCUACUGGAUCAGCGUCAGCUGCUGCCGCUGCGGUGAAUGAUGCGGGUAGUGCAGCUAGUGCCGCAAGUGGCGCAAACAGCAGCAGCAGCAGCAGCAGCAGCAUGGGAGUGGGGAAGGCUGAGCUGGCUCCGCUGGUGUGUUUAAACCUGACAUUCAGUGAAAACGAGGCCCUGUACCCGCAAGGAGUGGCCUUCUACGAAGCUUCCUUCAACCCCGCAGUGCGCAUCGGGUGUGACGAGUGCGUGCGGGAGCAGGAGAGCCAGACCAUAGGCAGCAUCCCCAAGAACUUCUACUUCACAUUCGCGGGCAUGGAUGAGGGGUCUAACGGCCUAACCACGGUGCCGUCUUUUGUGGCGCUCACGGCUGUGGGGACGCCCAUUGCGGGGCUGACUGUGGUCAUUGUGGACGAUUACAACAACACUGUUGUUCAGGACAACUCGUCCUUUGUCGCAAUCGCUCCCGAUCGCCGCAUCUCGGGGUUGCUGCGAGCAACAGCAGUGCAGGGACUGGCCGAGCUGCCAGAGGUCUCCGUCAUGGUCACUCCCGACGAAGCCACGCCCUUUCGCCUGCUCGUCACCGUCUCUAGCCCCACUAAUGAGUUCCCCGAUAUAGCACACACCUUCACUGUAGACUUCUGCGCUGCGGGAACCUUCCUCAACACAACCACGGAAGAUGGAACCGGGGGGGACGGUGGUGGUAGUAGUACCAGCACUGGGAGUGGGACCUGCGAUCCUUGUCCUGUCGGUAGCUGGUGCGAGGCGGGUCAACCGUCCACUCCCUGCGACGACGGCAGCUUCACGUUCUAUCCCUACUCCACUAGCGCCGACGAAUGUGUAGCGUGCGAGGAUGACAAUUUGGACUGCACGGGCGGCGAACUGACGAUCGCGACGCAGGCGUGGUUGGAUCCCAGGACGUAUAAUGACACGCCGACCACGUACAGCUGUAUUAUCACCAAUGGGUGUGUGGAGCACCUGUAUGAGUACAACCUCACCACCAACACCGCGGAUGUUGAGAUCUGCCCCACCGGCUACGACCCCUCCUCUCCCAUGUGCUGUCUGUGUGCCAACAACUACUACUCGUUCCUCGGCGAUUGUAACUACUGCAGCGACGUUUUCAAGAAGCUCUUCCCGCUGCUCUUCAUCCUCAUGGUCGGAGUGUGGGUGGCCAUGUUUCUCCUUGCCAACAACUACGACAACAUCGACAUCUUUCUCACCGAGGUGCAAUACCUCACGGUCGUGGCCUCCAUAAACCUGAACGCGCCAGCAGCACCUAACGGAUGGGUGGGGUGGCUCAUCAAGAUCUACAACCUCUCCGUCUUCGACCCCGACGUGGUGGGACCCAACUGCGUGCUAACCUACCGCUUCCCGCAGCAGUUUGUGUUCGGAAUCCUCAUCUUCCUCGUCGGCCUCGUCGUCUACGCGCUCCACUGGUGCCUCUUCCUGCUCCGCGAGCAUAUCAAGCUGCUCAAGGCGAAACUGGCAGCUGAAAACGGCGAGACGAGCGGAGUCGGGCAGCUGAGCAGCACGGCGGCGAAGCAGCGGCGGCAGGAGUAUUACAACAGGCUGGUGGGGGGCGCGGCGAGCUGGCUGGAUGUGUGCUACAUGGGAAUUCUCGCCCGCGUGCUGCCCGUCUUCCAGAGCCAGAUGGUCGGCGACACCAAGGUGAUGCUGUUCGCUCCUGAAAUUGAGUGGCUAUCCUCAACGCACAUGGGCAUGCUCAUCCCCUCUAUAAUCAUCCUCAUAGUCUACCUCGCGGGUGUGCCGCUGCUCUACGCGUGGCUGCUCUUCUCGGCCAAGUGGAACCGGACGCUCUUCACAGCCGAGUUUGACCACAAAUACGCUUUUCUCACUGAGCGAUUCGGCCGCAAAUUCUACUGGUGGCACCUGCUCAACAUGUCGCUGCGGGUGCUCUACGGCUGCAUCCUCGUGUUCCUCUACGAGAACCCUGAGGCGCAGAUCAUCAUCCUCGUCGUCCUCCAGAUCCUCCGCAUCGUCGUCGAGUACCGCUUUGCACCGUUCACCUCCUCCUCUGUCGAGUACCUUCAGGCCACCCUCAACCUCGGCGAGGUGUUUUUCACGCUGUCGCUGCUCAUCUUCAACUACACGUCCGAGUCCAUCCUCUCAGAGGUCAUCAUGGCCAUCAGCACCGUCCUCAUGCUGCUGCCUGCCAUCGUGGCCAUCAGCUACGAGGUGUCGAGCAAGAGAAUGGAGGCGUUUAACUACAGUGUGCUGGACGAGAUCUGGGAGCAGGAGAGCGGCAAAAGAGAAGACCAGCUGAGGGGGCUGGACCCUUAUCAAAUCGUGCAGCUGACUCAGAUCGGAGAGUGGUUCCGUCCACGAGCUCUCUUCCAGUUCCUGCAUCAUCGUCAAGGCAUCGACUUGCUGCUGAGGGUGCGCGACCGCAUGCAAGCAUGCUCCCUGGCUGGUCUGGGGGAAGUCGAGUGGAUCGAGCAGCUGAAAAAACCCCAGCAGUACGCCGGUCUCUCCCAAAUCCUCCUCGGAAACAAGAAGGGUUACAUUCCCGUCGCGCGGUUACCGCCUCAGGGCGUGUAUUGUCUGUUGCACGGGGUGUGGCAUGCGGACGGGGCGUGCACGGCUGCCCAGGCUGCGGCGGCGGCUCGGCGCCGAACCAACCGCCGGACCAAGUCCCGGAGCAGCCGGGUUUCGUUCGGGGGAGGGAUGGGAGAGGGAGCGCCGGAGACUCCUGGGAGUGGGUUGCGUAGGAUGGUGAGUUGGGGGUCAAACACUCCUGGAGGGGCGAGCAUGAGGGAGAAACCGGCCAAGAGUCUCAAGAUUGCUGAGAAGAGCUGGCCUCCGCAGCUGGGAAGGAAAGUGCAUUGGUGCCCUGCUUCGGGAUGCGAUCCUCUUGCCGCGACGAAGAGGUUUGGGAGCGGGAGGAUGGGUGCUGGUGGGAUGGCUGGGACUCCUACCGGAGGAGGAGGAGGAUGGGGAGGAGGAGAGGAGGCAAGGCCUCUGUACCCUGUUGCUCCGGAAACCCCGACUGGUGCGGUUGAAACUCCAGUAACCCCUGCUGCCCCUGCGCCUGCGGCUGCUGUUAAUGGCGGUGGGGAUGGAGACUCAAAGCCAAAGAAGCGGCUUCUCAGGCAGAUGUCGGAUAGAGACGACAGCGACACAGAGGGAGCAGCAGCAGGAGCAGGAGCAGGAGGAGGAGGCAGCAGGCCUGGAACAGCAGGAACGCCAGGAGCGGGAGGAGGGAUCAUGCGAGGGGCGAUUAGCCGACCGGGGAGUUCGGGAGGGGCGGCGAUCGGAGGGGCAGGCGGUGGGGGGAUGGAGGUGGUACAGGCGAAUCUGGAUAUGGCUGAGCUCACGUUUGCAUUCCAGUCGAACCUGGCUCUGCUGGUGAAGGCUGAGAAGAAACGCAAGGUGCAGAAGGAGGCGCUGCGGCAGAUCAUCCACUCCAAGGCGACUUAUCAUAUUCUCAGCUGGUUCACCAGCGAAGAGAGCACGGUGGACGACCAGCGGCUGUUUGCAGAGCUGGUGAAGGCGGUGAGGCAGGCGGCCAAGACCCGCAAGAGCUCCAUGCGCUGGCUGCAGGGCGCUCAGUGCUUCUACCCCGGGGAGGGCCGCCUCACCAACCAGCUCUCCAAGAUGCUGUAA